CUCAUACCAGUUUUGUCUAGAGAGAUAAAAGGAAGUGAACAUUCUUGACUUAAGAAAGAAGGAAUGAGGAGUCCGGCAUCAGCAUCGGCAUCGGCGGCGGCAAACGGGAGAAAGUCGACGGCGUGCUGCAGUAAGGUUGGACUGAAACGAGGGCCAUGGACGGCGGAAGAAGACGAACUUCUAUCUACUUACAUUAAGAAAGAAGGUGAAGGCCGAUGGAGAACUCUCCCACACCGUGCCGGAUUACUCCGUUGCGGAAAGAGCUGCCGCCUCCGUUGGAUGAACUACCUUCGUCCCUCCGUCAAACGCGGCCAAAUCGCCCCUGAUGAAGAAGAUCUCAUCCUCCGCCUUCAUCGCCUCCUAGGAAAUCGGUGGGCUUUGAUAGCUGGGAGAAUUUCAGGAAGGACGGAUAAUGAGAUAAAGAAUUAUUGGAACACUCAUCUUAGUAAGAAACUUAUUGGUCAAGGAAUAGAUCCAAGGACACACAAGCCACUAAUAAUAUCUACCAAGCAAGAAGAUCAUCACAAACCAUCUUCUUCCUCUAAGGUCAUUUCCAUUUCAAAACCUAGUAACUUAACUCUCGUCAAUGGAAAUAGUUCUAUUGUUAUCGAUCGUCCACAACAAAAACAACAACUCGAAGAAAAUAGCAUUGACGAGAACAUAGACUUUGGUAAUAUCAUUGAUGGUCACAUAAUUAAUAAUGACGACACAUUUUCAUCGUUCUUGAACUCGUUGAUCAAUGAAGAUAUAUUCAAUAGCCAAGUACUAAAUGAAUCUAGUGGAGCUUUUUUAGCCAAUUCAUACGAUCACACAUCAUUGAUGAACGCUAAUGAUCAAGUUUCCAUCUUUGGAGUCGGGUGGGAGGCUCCGAUAAUGUGCUUAGAUGAUCCGUCUGUAAUCAAUAAGACAAACAAUUCUGAGAGGAUUAGUAUUGAUAAUGAUGAUGUUAAUUGAUCAUAAUCAAUGGAAGUGGCUAUAUAUUGAUAAUAUUCAAGCUCUACUACUUUCAUGCUUCACCAGCUUGAUUGUCAUGCUGGAAAAUUAUGUAUUUAUUAAGGGUUAUGUACCAUAAUGUUUUCGUACUUAUUGCAGCACUAUGUUUGUUUGUUUGUUUGUCAUUUUUGCUUUGUAAUUUCAUGUUGUUGUAUUAUUAUUAUUAUUAU